UGGCUGUCACUCUGCAGCAGAAUCUCUCGGAGGAAUCGACUUUUUUCCACCUUUUAAUUCCAGCAGCUGCGAACAACGCAGUAAUCAGCGACUAAAUCACCCUAUUAGGGCGCUUUUGCUGGCGGUAGCAACGAACCAUGAGCGAACAGUUGCCGGACACUUCGGCCCACCAAAACUCCUCGAACAAGUUGGAGCGUGACCCAAACAAAAGACAAGAAGAAGAACGGUCUGCUGUUGAGGAUGAAAAUGCUGGAGACUGCUCAGGAUGGUGUGAGGCCCCACUGUCCUCCUCGCCUUUGCUGUUGGCCCGGUCAGAAAAGGAAGAGAGGAUGGGUGAUGCAGCGGAUGACCAGCUGGAGCGACCUCAGGAGUUGAGCAGGACUGAGAACAAUGUCAGACCCACAGAGGAGAACCAAGUGAAAAGUUUGGAACAGAAAGAGAAGCCUAAAAGAAGUGGGAAGAGGAUGAGGAAAGAGAAGCACACAGAAGUCCGCAAUGACAAGUGUCAGCACCUGUGCUUGGAGAGCACGUGUCUCUCCAAGUCUGCCCUGGUGAACAGACCCGACAUGAACCCAAGUGAGGACCAUAUCUGUUCCACCUGCCAGCAACCUGCCCAUCUAUCAUCUUUGGCCCCCACUCAGGCACCAGCAUCGCACAGUCAUGUGACCAAAAGGAAAGUACCCAUUUUAGCUUGUAGCGGGUCUCAGCACUGCCCCCAACCAAAGGCGAAGAGAAGCAGGACCUUCACUAAAAGCUGCACCAACUGCACCGGCGAUCAAGGCGCCGGUAUUAAUGGGGCUCAGCAACUGGAGUUUGACACGAUUGACUUCGGGGAACUGGCGCCGCCGCCAAAGCGGUGUCGCACUCUUUACAACCCUGAUCAGCUGGAGUUGCUGGAGGCCAUGUUCGAGGUGGAGCGGUACCCUGACACAGAGAGGAGGAAAGCCAUGGCUCAGUUAGUCGGCGUCACUCCUCAACGCGUCUUGGUUUGGUUUCAGAACCGCAGAGCCAAGUAUAAGAAGAUCAAUUCUUUAAAUGGAGGUGAUGGUCGGCGCAGACGGUCUCAGCCAGCAGCGAGUCUGAGAUCAGAAAUUCCAUCUCAAAGGCCAAACUCUAGCUUCUCUGGUCCCUACGCUCUGAUUCUGCCCCAGUCCUCCCCUGAAGUAGCUUCUGUUCCAGCCCAGUCUGCUGAGCUGUUCUUCUCUGACCCCAACAUGCAAGCAGACCUCAACAAUCCAGCACCCUCUACGUCCACACCCACUUUUAGCCCUAAGAUUUUGCCCAAGUUCAACCACUGCAACUGGAUUAGCCCUCCGCCACUCAGAAGAGCCAAUGCUCUGCAACUUCUCACAUCCUCUUACAAUCCUCCGCCUCCGUUCAACACAGCAGAAUUCACCCCUCCUUUUGUGGGGGACCCUACUGAUGGCAUGUUCACCAAAGAUAACCACGACGAGCUCACCAUGCAGGCAUACUCCAGUUUUCCAUUUAACUUCAUGGAGAAUUUCAUCUCCGUGGUGCCCAGCCAGCAAAACAACAAUCUCUUCUACCCACCGCCCAUGUUCUUCCCCAACGGGCCGAUUUACGAAAACCCUCCAGCAUCUCAGUACCAGUGCCUCAAUCCAGCGUCAGCCAGCCCCCGCACUUACAUGACAUACUGCAGCGAGGGGUCCACUAUUGAAAGCGCCCAGAACCAGAGAGUGGUCCCCAUGUCUCUGCAGCCAACCGGAGAGCAAGGUAACCCCGCAACAGAGACCUUUUCAAGUGUGGUGAGUCAACCCCACAUGCAGCAGUCUUCACAGUACCAACCAAAUUUCGCUGCCAACUUUGGAGCGGCUCCGGAUCUCCAGCUGACCUUGGGCAGUGUAGCUGUUGCUCCUUCACAAAUGCAGACAGACUUGCCCCCUGACUGCCCCACCAGCCCGAAGCCACUGCACACGCCUCCCCUCCUCCCCGAGCUGCCUCUCACUCCAGCCGAUUCUGUCAGCCUGUCUGGGUCUCCGUCGUCUUUCAUCAACAUGGAGUACGUCAGCCACUUCCAGAGCGAGUUGUCCAACAUACAUUUUUGAAUGUAUGUCUGUCCUGAGUCUCACAGACAGAAGUGUUGGUUCGUGUUCACGCAUGUUCAGUUUGCUUUUGCACAAAUGUUUGUGUUGAACUGUUUUUUUUCAUUUGUUUCUGAUGACUUAAACAGGAUGUUAUGUCUUGUGCUUUUAUUUAGCACUACUCCAACAGUCCUAAACGCUCCCUACAGUUGGCAGGUUUCUCCCAACUGUAACACCGUAAUGGUCAUGGACAUUUUUAGAAGCAAGAGAAGUGAUCAUGAUCGAUGAGUCUUGAGUUGAAGACAUGACUCCAGUGUUGGUGCGUGUCGUUUGAGUUUUGCUGUGCUAGAGCUUUCCCUCCAUCCCAAACGUUUUCGUGGUAACAAUUAAAUGUUUGUGGAAGUGUUGAAAGGGUUGGCUUUUCUCUGACACCGGCCACUAGAGGGAGCUGCUGCAUCAGUGUAGUGAACUGACCACCACUGGGUAUUUAAACUUCAUUCUGGGAGUGAUGAAGGCGGAGGAGACAGCAAAAGUCUUUUUUACAAAACUGAAGUACGGUUGAGAAAAGCAAUCCAGGAGUAGAUCAUGAAUGAGGCCACGCAUGCAGCAGAUGUGUAGCAAACUACUGCUUGUCUAAAUCUGACGCCAUGGUUCUUUCUUGGACGGAGAUGAUGGGCUAACUAGGUGUGAGCAGAAGAAUGAAUGAUGAAGGCUGAUAAAUUAGCAAAAGUGUAGAAAGUCACAGUUGGCUCACUGAUGAGCUGGAGCACA